AUGUUUUUGUAUGUUUAAAUACAGCUUAUUUUUAAUUUGGGAAGUUUAUUUAUAAUAGAUAAGAAAUAUGGAACUUAUAUAAGAAAAAAGGUAAAUAUAAUAUUAUUAUUUUAAAUAAACAAAUAUAAAUUUUCAUUUUUGAAACUAUAAAUCUAUUCAAAUAUUUAAUUUUUUUUUUAUAUAUAUAACAUUAAAAAACAAGACCUAUAUUAUGAUUUUAUAGGAUUAGGUUGCUUAGUAAUCGGAUAAUACAUAAAUUAAUUUUUUUUUUUCUUUUUUUUUGUAAAGAUCUAUAAAAUAACUGCUUUUUUUAAAAAAAUAGAAAUGCGUUUUGAUUUCUCAGCUAAGGCUUAAUAAAUAAUAGGACUAAUAUCUUUACUUUUUAAAAACAUAUAUAUAAUUCAUACUACAUCAUGUCUAUGGGUAUAUAUUGGUAGAUAUUAGUAAUAUUCUUGGCUUCAUAAAUAUGAACUUAUGUUUGAAAAUUGGUAUAUUUAAUAUUUAAAUUCUUUUUAUUUUAAUACUGUUACUAUGGUAACAGUUGGUUAUGGGGAUAUUUCUCCUUAAACAGAUCUUGAAAAAUUGAUUUAAAUUAUUAUUAUGUUUAUUGUUUGUGGAGUUUUUGCCUAUUCAAUAAAUGAAGUAAUCUUUUAUUUUUAAAAAAUACAUAUAUUUUAAUAAAUAUUUGAGGUUGGUAAUAUUUUUUAAGAAAUGAGAAAUUAGUUUAAAUAAAUAAAAAAUGAUAUAAAUACUAUGAAUGGAUAUAUGAGAAAAAAAAAAAUCGAAAGUAAUCUAUAAUAUAAAAUAAGAUAAUAUUUAGAAUAUUAUUGGAGAAAUAAUGGUUACUAUAAUUACGAAAAUGAAUAAGUUAUAGUAAAUUAGCUUUCUAAAGAUUUAAAAAGAAGACUAAUAUAAGAUGCAAAUAAAAUAGUGAUAAAUUCAAACAUUUUUAAGAAAAAUUUCUCAAGUUUUUUACUAGAAAAAAUGCCUUAUAUUAUAUAAGAAAUUAAAUAUGCGCCAGAAGAGCUUAUUUUUGAAAAAAACGAAAAUUUAGAUCAUUCAAUUUAUUUUAUAUAGUAAGGAUCUGUAACUAUAUGUACACUUGAUUAAAAAAAAUAAAAAUUAUAAACACUUUUUGAAUUAAAAAAAGGCGAUUAUUUUGGAGAUAUAGAAUUUUUUUCUGGUCAAUAAAGAAAAUAUAGUGCAAAAAGUUGCGAAUUUACUGUUCUUUUAAGAAUAUAAAGAAAUUAAUUUCUAGAAAUAUUAAAAUAAUUUGAUAUAGACUUUGAAAAAUUUAGUGAAAUAAAAGAUAUAUUAAUACAAUAAUAAAUAAAAAAAAUACAUAAAUACUUAGAAAUAGAAUGUUUUUUUUGUAACAAAAGCCAAAACAAAAAUGAAUAAAAAAUGCAUUUUCAUAAUGAAUGUCCGAUUGUUUAAUAAAUAUUUAGGAAAAACUUCAUAAUAUAAAGGCAUAAAUACGAUAUUGGUUAAAAAGAAAGAGGAUAAUAUGCUAGAAUUACUAAUAAUUUUUAAACGUUAAGAAGAAUUUAAUAGGUAGAAGGUGACGUACAAAAAUUCAAAUUUAAUAAUGAGGAAAUAAUAGAAAAUUAUGAAGGAUAAAAAAGUAUAACAGAUAAUAUAUCAGAAAAUCUAUCAAAUAAAUCUUUGAAUAAUAUAUAUUAAAAUUAUGAUAAUAAUAAUAAUAAUAAUAAUAAUAAUAAUAAUAAUAAUAAUAUAAUAUGA